GGUGUGUGUCUCGCACACGCACACGCACGGCAGCCCGGGAGCGGCAGGCGCCUCCUCCCCGCCGCAUUAAAACGAGCCAAGUUUCCCCGCCGGGGGCAGCGGCACGUCGGGGCGCGGCGGCGGGUCCGAGCGCGGCGCCGGGCGGAGCUGCGGCCCCGGCGGGGCCGGCCCGGCCCCGGGGAUGCACCUGAACGCCACGGCCCCGGCCGUGCCGGGCGGCCCCCUCCACCUCCACCCCAGCGCUGGCUAUGCCAACGCCUCCAACCGCUCCGACCUGCUUCCCAAAGGGCCCGACGAGGAGGACCUGGACGUCAAUACCGACAUCUACUCCAAAGUGAUGGUCACCGUCAUCUACCUGGCUCUUUUCUUGGUGGGCACCGUGGGCAACUCCAUCACGGCGUACACGCUGGUGCGCAAGAAGUCGCUGCAGAACCUGCAGAGCACCGUGCACUACCACCUGGCCAGCCUCGCCUUCUCCGACCUCCUCAUCUUCCUCCUCUGCAUGCCCAUAGAGCUCUACAACUUCAUCUGGGUCCAUCACCCCUGGGCUUUCGGGGGGGCCGUCUGCAAGGGCUACUACUUCCUCCGGGACGCCUGCACCUACGCCACGGCGCUCAACAUCGCCAGCCUCAGCGUGGAGCGCUACAUGGCCAUCUGCCACCCCUUCAAAGCCAAGAGCAUCAUGUCCCGCAGCCGCACCAAGAAGUUCAUCAGCUGCAUCUGGAUCGCCUCCUUCUUCCUCGCCAUCCCCAUGAUCUUCACCAUGGGGGAAAUCUACGGCAAGGAGCAGAAUCCCGACUCCCUCAUCUGCACCACCAUCGUGGACGCCUCCACGCUGAAGACGGUCAUCCAGGUCAACACUUUCAUCUCCUUCGUGUUCCCCAUGGUCGUCAUUUCUGUGCUCAACACCAUCAUCGCCAACCAGCUCAUGGUCAUGUUCAAGCAGGCUGCCCAGGAAAACCAGGUCUGCACCAUCGGCGGGCAGCAGACGAUGCUCAGCAUGUCCAUGGAGCCCAGCCGCGUGCAAGCCUUGAAGCACGGCGUGAGGGUUCUACGUGCUGUGGUGAUUGCCUUCGUGGUCUGUUGGCUCCCUUAUCACAUACGGCGUCUCAUGUUUUGCUAUGUCCCCUCCAGUCACUGGACAGAUUUCCUUUUUAACUUCUACCACUACUUCUACAUGCUGACAAAUGUCCUCUUCUACGUCAGUUCAGCGAUCAACCCCAUCCUCUACAACCUGGUGUCUGCAAACUUCCGACAGAUCUUCCUCUCUACGCUCACACUCUUGUGCCUGCCAUGGAGGAAGAAGAAAAAACGACUGGCCUUCACCAGGAAAUCCAACAGCAUCUCCAGCAACCACACAUUUUCCAGCCAGGUCACAAGGGAAACUACAUACUGAAGCCAAAGGAGGAAGGGAAAUAUAUUUCAUCAUGGAGUCAAAACUUGAGAGAGGCCUCUGUGACUUUCAUGCAUGGUCUCCAAAUUCACGUAACACACGUGUGUUUAGCAAAGUCAUUUUUGUUGGAAAAAUAGCCUUUGUGCUGCCAGUAACUUUGAGGUUAUUUUAAAGCAUUGGCCUUGCCUCUUGUGAGUAAUGUCUACACGUUUUGUAACUUCAGUCUGGCAUAAAUCUAGGUGCGGUGUUAACUGGGAAGCCAAAAUACAUUAAACUUAGGCAAAACCAUACUGCAUUUCAUCCUUUUCUCAGUGCACAGAUGCCACGUUCACAUCCAAGGGUUUGAGAUCACAUCUCUUGGUGGCACCGAGCAGAGAGUCUGAUGAGGAGAAAGCAGUUCUGAACAGAAAGGGAUGUUUUUGGAGAAUGGACGUGGUCAUCUAUGGGAUGUUCAAUGAACAAGGAGUGAAAACUCAGGGAGCCAGGUGGUUAUUUUAGAAAUAUAUCUAAAUUAUUAUUAAUACGACCUAGGUGCUCAAGAGAGCUGCUCUGGCUCCUUGAAAUUAAAUAGCAACAGAUGAUGCCUUACCUAGAUUGGGGUGGGUGUGGCCUGGGGAAAUGGAGGUCAUCGUUUACUUUAGGGCAUAUAUAGUGACUGCCACAGCAAAACCCCCUCUCUCGCUGGUAUCGGUACUGCAGCACCAAUAAAUAACAAAGUCUUUGGCAAGGUCAAGAAUGCAGAAACUGUGCCCAGCUGGAGUGCUGAAAAUGAACAGAAAUGGCCAUACAGCCAAAUCCUACUUUUUACCAGGGAGAACAGUUAGCUGGCCUGCAUUAAGAGGUAAGAAAACUCCAGGCUUAUGAGAGCUCCAAGCUGCUGAGGUAGGAGCAACCUGCCCCAAUUCUGCGGCACCUUCAGAUUUUUCCCAUUCUUAUUCCAGUUUUACUUGUUUCCUCACAAACCAUCUUCACAAACCUGGCAUCUCAUAGGUUAUAUCAGUGGUAGGCAGCAGGGCCUCUUAUUCUACCUUUUGUUUUAUUUCUUUUUGCUGCUGGACCUGUUGGCACACUGAUCUGCACACACAAAUCUUCAGAUAGUGCAAAUGAAGAACACAAGAAGGUCUAAACUGGGGAGUCUUAGCUCUAAACCAACUUUCUUUUAACAAGCCAGAGGAACAGAAACAAGACCAGAAAAUUCUCUUUUAAAUUUCUCAGCUAGCCAGGAUAGGUAGCAUGAGCUUUUCUCCCAUAUGGUUCCACCUCUAACAGCCCAUUAUAUGAUGAGCAAAUUGCUCCAGAGCCUUUAGCACCAGAAAUCGCCAGCCUCUGGGACAAGCUAACGGGCUUUCCCCACUGUCGCAUCACCAGAUGGUGACCUGCAUGAACUUGGAGCCAAUCAAUCAUCAUGUGCAACCUCUGCUGUGAAUUUGCUGGUGGUGACCUUGCGUCCCCUUUCACACCACGCUUCAUUGGGAGAGCAGGGGGCUUGCCUCAAUUCAGCUUUCUGGGCGCUGCCCAUACCCUGUCACUCGUCAACUAACGAGCGCCUGUGGUACGUACCAGAAGUCUCAGUGCUGGAGAUGUGGAUCUGACCCAGUGAACUGUCACACAAUGAUGGAGACCAGUUACUGAUCCACUGCGUACUGGUGACUUCUCCUGCUGCAGGUGUGGUAUCUCAUGGGUUAGGCCCUAUUGGGCUCAGGGCAUAGAGAAAACACCUGUAGGGCAUUUGCUGUGAGUUGUGAGUGGUGGCCAUCUACUUCCAAGGCAUUUAUAGCCUGGCAGUUGGACAGAGCUAGCUAUCAUGGCAGAGCUAGGUACCAUCAGCCACGACCUCCAACCACACCUACCAGGGAUGGGAGAUGCUUUUAAUGCCUAGUACAGAACCACUCCAAAAGAAAGGGCUCAAACUAGAAAUCAGUGGGGCUUUAGUUUCUUCUGAUUCAGCCAAACUGCAAGCUCUGUCCUGUCAUGCUUUCUUUUUAUUUCUUGCCCUGGUUGUACCAAACAGAGGGCAGAGAUUAUAUACCACAAAGCACUUCUGUUGCUCAUGCACACUUGACUCCUCUUUGGCAAGAAAAACAGGUAAUGGCACACAUGCACACAAAGAACCCCAAAAGGCAAAAAGGAGACUGGUCUCUCUGGGAAGAAAUCUGUGAGGAACAUGCAAAUGUCAUCUGUGUGUGUGUGUGUGUGUAGAAAUGGCUUGGGCAGGUUAGAAGACAAAACUCGAAGACCUGUAUAUACCGCCUUGUGGGAAAGUCCAGGUACAGGAGAAGAAUAUUAUUAUCUCACAUUUAACAUUGGCCUUCCAGGCAAGAUACUUUAAAUGUUUCCAGAGAGGACCCAAAUUUUUUAACUUCACUUCUAAAUAGAGUCAACAGCUGGGAGGUGGUUUCUGAAACCUCCCAUGGAAGCUGUAGCUGUGUGUUGCUUUGAAUUUCAUUAGGAUUUAAUGUCCUGCGUGUCUCAGUUGCUUUUGAAAUGUUAAAUAUUAUUAAUAUACAUGUUCAACACCAACCUGCUGAAAUGUGCUUGAUUAUCCCUGAAAACACUGUACAAAAAUUGUUGUUUCACAUAAGAUAUUUGUCUUAAAUUUUCAUUACUGAGAUACACCAGCAGCUUACAGAAUAUUUGAUCACAGUUCAGAGAAACCGGUAGGUUUAUUUUUGGUUUGACAUGAAAAUCAGAACAAGCUGCAGUAAAAAUGAACUUACCAUAAACUCUUCCCACAAUGUUUGUUGGGCCACUAAAGUCCUCAAGAGCUGACUCUUUGGGGAGAGUUAGCCAAGGGGUUUGCUGGCUUCUACAGCUCUGUUCCUGCAGGAGCAGACUUGAGUCUACGGCCUUAACCUGAGAUUGCAGCUCAAAGCUACCUCUUCCACUCGCCAAAUCUGACUACCUUGAGCUGAGAAGUGUAAGUUACAGCUGAUUUCAUCCUCUCUCCCCUCCUCACCUAUUUUUGCUGUAUUUGACCUAGAGAUUUAGCGCUCUUGAGCUCAAAGCGAGGAUAACUCUGCAAGACCCCAUGGUUUUGUAAAGGAAAGCAUGAUAUUGUAGAGAAGAAAAAGGUACAAACUGCCCAGUGUACACCAGGAAAAUGGUUCUUUCCAUGCCUUUUAGCAGCAGCUGAACUACUAAACCAACAAGGUUUAGCUUUAAAUCUAAUUGAGUAUAAGCAGCUUUUGCCAUUAGACAAAAAGCAUACUCCCAUCCUUUGUAUUCCUGUCUUUUCUGAACUCGCCACUGGGGCAGUGAGGUGAGCGUUGGUGCAUCAUGCUGUUAAUCUAUGCAAAUUUCCUUUAAGUGUUUUGAACUGUUUGUUUCGACUAGAAAAAAAAAAACAAAAAUCUGUUGAGCCCACAGAUGUGAAGUGCUGCCAGAUGGAUUCUGAGAAAUUCCCAUCUGAAGAGAGUCUAUCAAGUUACUUCUUCAAAUAUUAUUUUGAGGUUUUGUUUCUCUUCACAGCGUUCUGGUCGGGGCCAUCCGUUUGGCAGCGUACGAAAUCAGAUUUCCAAAGUCAUUACGCUAUUCAGAAAUUUCCCCCAGACAGGACUUUCUCACCAAAGGCCCAGUACACAUCAGCGUGUGAACGCUCUGCUGAGCCUGUCGUUUUUGUAAAGUGCAUGAGACCUUGCUUCAGCGACCGUGCCCGUAAAGGAGAAAACUAAAUGGAAAAGUUGGUGAGGAGGGUUAGCAGGACACGUGCUGUAAACGUGAUGGUAGCAGGACCUUUGCGUUUAUAGCAUCAAAUGGUCAGUGAAAUAAAAACCAAGGUGUGCUGUUGCCGCAGACAGCUCGUGUUGCAGGUUUGAACCCAUCAUCUGUGCGGCCACCAUCGCUACCUGCCCUCGGGGAGGGACACACGUCCACGCGGCACGAGAGCGCCGGGGCUUUCCUGCGCCGCGCCUUGGGUGUUAGUCUGGUAUCUGCCUGGUUGUGCUGUUUGGUAGCUGUUUAAACAAAGCUGUAUCUGCUAGAGCUCUGUCUGGUUCUUAACAUUACAGCUCAACAAGUUCUUCUGUUCUCAGUCUGGAUUCGUUUAGUGCGAAACCAGAAAUUGCUGAUCUAAAAUUUCAUGAUGCUGUGUCCUGGCUUCGUGAUCGAGAGUCCUUCCCCAGCCGUGCCACCCGGUAGUCCUGCACAUAUUGUAUUUAUCGCAUAUAUUUUUUAAAGUGCACCUUUGGUUUUGUUUUUUUUUUUCUGAAAUACAAGAUGUUGAUGUGCUUUAUUUUCUGUGGCCUGUUGCGCAAUGGGGAAAAAAUGAGUGUUAAAAGUGUGUCAGCGUCUCCUUUGUAAUAUUUUCUGUGACAAAGGGAAGGAAGAGGGUGUGAAAUCCUUUUGUGUAGCAAUGGGAAACACUCUUUCAAUGUAACAUGCUAUUAUUGAUACUGUAUUUACUGAUCAGACUGUAAUGAAAUGGUUACUUCCUGAUAGAGCCUUUGUACUGUAUGGUAUUUUAUUCUAUUUUAUUUUGUCAUUUGUUGAUUCUAAGAAAUAAAUAUCCAAAUUUAA